GUCCGGAGGCACAUUGGGAAUCCUGAGUAUCUGACCAAAAGGAUACCACAAAACCCAAGAUAUCAGCAUAUCAAGUCAAGACUAGACACUGUGAGCAAUUCAGAGUUAAUCACAAGAAAUCAAGAAUUUCGUGGCAUCUCCUGUCUUCACCCAAAUCACCUUCUACUGAGCUCUUCAAAGACUGAUAUCUUCUUCCUGGGUGCCUGAUUGUAUCUUACCAGCUCCCCAGCAUUGCCAGACUGUGCCAUGAAUGGAUUAUGCUUCCGAUGAAAUCCCUGACGGCGUUUUGUUCAGUCUCCACUUCAGGGCUCUUGUGUAUUCUCAAGCACCCUCUCUGGGUUUCUGCUCUGUAGCACUGCAGGCUGAUUAAGGGACACUUUCCAAACCACAGGGCUCUCCCUUUGUUAGUCUCCUACACUCUUUCAUUGCUGGCAUUAUUCUCUCAUUUCAAUCUAUAUUCAAUCUAAUUUCAGAUUUCUUUAGCUUUCUAAAAUUCUGUAGACUAUCUCCAUUCAGUCUUUUCUAGCCUUUUUUUAUUUUUUAGAAAUUCACCUUAGUUUUCUUAUCUCCAUACAAACUAGUCAUUUCCUUUUUUCUUCUUAGUCUUUACUUUUCCUGAAUAUCUGCUAAUAGCCUUGAUCUUAAGCACUCAAACUCAUUAUAGACUAGGUACUCUUCAUUUUUAUUUGGUAUUUAAUUCUGUUUCUUAUGUCAAAGGAAGAAAUGUAUGUGAAAGCCUUUUACAAACCAGAAAGCACUAAGCACUCGUAUAACUUAUUGAGAUUAACAAAGGACCACUGUGCCUCUUUUCAAGCUUUCUGCUCCUUCUGAGCCAAAAGAACUUCUCCGUAGAGGAGGGAAAUAUUGAAGAAAAAUAAAGCAAUGGAAUUGUCUCUUAGCAACUGAGUUCGUGCCUUAUAAAUCUUACCCACUUUAGAUUACUGCUGCUCAAAAUCACUUGCUUUUCUUACUGGCUCAGUUCAAAUAAUGUUAUUAAAUUAUAGGAAAACAAAGGAAAAAAUCUAAUGAAUGAGUCACUCAGUUCGUCGAUUGUGCUCUAUCUUUGCUUAGCACUAUUGAUAUAGUUGAGUUGUCUCUUUCUCUUGAUUCCAGUUGUAAAACUUUUUUAUAUAUCUUUUGUUGCAACUUAAGUUAUAAACUAAGUAGAAGCUAAAUACCAUCUUAUACAUUUCUAGGUUACCUGAGUCCUGAAAUAUAGGUCAUUUAAGUAGUAUGUAACAUAUAUGUACUAUAUAUAAAUCAGGUUGGGCAUAGCUUAGAGAAAAUCAGGUACCCAAAAACUCAAACCAAAUUGGGGUGUGAUUAUUUACAUUAUAAUAUAAUUCAUUAUAAGGAUUCUUCAGCUAGUAGAUCUUCAUAGUAUUUUUCAUUUAGCAAACAUUUUUGAGUGCCUCCUACGCUAGACAAUGGAAAGGAUAAAGAUAUUGUGUGUGUGUGUGUGUGUGUGUGUGUGUGUGUGUGUGUGUGUGUAAAUAGUUGUUUUGGGCUGUCAGUAUAAUAAGAUAGAUGAGACUUGCGCACAAAUAAGGCAGUACAAUGAUAAAUGCCUUGUGAGUGGUAAGCCGAGUGCUGUAGAAGUUCAGAGGAGGGAAAGGUCACUUCCAGCUGGGUGAGCUAUUAUGAUUACAUGGGCAAGGUGACAUGUUAGAGAACCAAAGACUAACAGAGAGUUUGUCAAGUUUAGUAAUUAAGGCAAGAUUGAAGAGGUAGGUAAGAUGUUGGUGCCUUCACGAGAAGAGCAAGGAGUUUAAACUUCAGUCAGUAAGUGAUGGGGAGCCGCUGACUUUUUUUAAUCAAAGUAUUGUCUAGGAAAAUUUAUCUGGCAGUAAUGUGUAAUUUUAAUUUUAAAAAAUUAGUCUGUUGAUAGUCUUUUAGGUGCCUUACUUUUGUGUAAAACAAAAAUGUGUUUAUAAAUAAGUCAAUUAUAGAAUUGAUUCAUUUGUAUUCUUUUUAAAAGGUAGUCAAAAAACUAUACUCAGAUGAAAUUAGAUCCAGUAAGAUGAGCUGCUUAGUUAAGAUAUAAGCAGUAUAUGAAGUGGGAUAAAAUACUACUUUUCAUACUUUCUAAACUCAUUUUUAGAGAUUUUUUUGUGUCAAUUAGUCAUUUCUCCAUUUGAAGCAAUGCAGAAAUCCUCCAUAUUCUUUUUCCCCGCCUCUACUUGGAUAGAAUGAAUGGCUGUAAUGAAAAGGGCUUCUUAUCAAUAGCCCUCUUAGAUUUAUUCUUAAUUUAGCCAAGUAUUUGUACACCUCUGCAAAAGAUUUUGUUUCUCUGCCUUCUCCUUUAGUGGGAAAAAUAAUCAGUAGGAAUGACAACCUACCUCACAGGGUCGUUGUGAGGCUCCGCUGGUAUGAAGAUGAAGUGUUGUGUAAAUACUCCGAAAAUGUUGAUAACUGACUGAGAAAUGGAUUUUAGACAUGUUGUUAGUGGAAACUGCUAUAGAUUGGAAAUGCAGUGUUUUAAUAAUAAAGACUAUAUAAUAAGGUUGGCUGUUGUUUUCCGUGCACAGUAUGCCUUAGGGAAUUUAGAGCAUAAAAUGGUUCCCACCCAAUACUCUAAAGGAAGUAACACUUCCUACAUAUUUACCUCACAGUGAAAUCAUGUUUUUAAAACAGCACAGCCAGAGAAUGAUAUGUUUUUGUGAGCCAUAUGAGAAACCAGGAGGUUGGGAGUACUAAUCUUGACUUAGUUACUAACUUGCUGUGUCACUGGACAAGUCAGUGAUCCUUUUUGUACCUCAGUUUUUGGACGAUUCUGGAAGGAGGCAUAAAGCUUCUCCAGCCAAAAGAAACUGACUGCCACAUCAACAGCCUGGCACUGUAAGGGACUCAGGAACAUAUAACCAGAAGCUCCUAUGUAAAAUAGUUUAAGAAUAAGACUGUAGGACGCUGAACAGCACACCGUUUGCCCUAUCUUCUAACCCCAGUACUGACCAGUUGAGUUCCCGCCCAAGUGCAGAGAUGCAGGGAAGAGGAUGUGAGUCUGGGAAGGAUUCAUGGUUUCCACUGUGGAGAUCUGGUCACAUCUCAGGUCCAUUAUAGCCUGAAGAACCUAGAAAAGAUCAUAUUUUGUUCUAAUCUUGGUCUUUAGUGCUAUUUGGACUUCUUCUGAGAUGUUCUCAGUGUCUGUCUUGAGGAGUCUCAGCUUCUGAGCAGCCCUGACUAGUGUCAUGUCUCUCUGAGCUUUUGGAAGGAUACGGUCUGGGUCCAGGACUACACUGAGUCCUGCUUUUUGGUUCUGAUCUGGGGACUGUGUGUCUUCAGACGAAAAAAAAAUUUUAACUCAGUAGAAUUUUAUUCUAUAAUGAAUUCAUGACAAGGACUUAAUAAUAACAAAUGAUAUAAGUUGUUUUUUGAAAAUGUACUUUGGGUUUCAGAGCAAGGGUUUUCUUUCUCUGCUUCUGACCUAAACAUGAAGAAAAGUUCAGAAUAGUGCUUGAAAACAUCAGUUCAUGCCAUUAAUUGGAAGCAUUUCUUUUACCUGAAGUUGUGACUGAAACUGACUAGCUCCUCUCAAGGCUUAAAAGUUAGGAGCACAAUUUUAGAAAUGAGAUAUUAUUCUGAAUGUUUUCCUCUUUUGCUGUACCUUUCAGGUGCCAGUUAGAGCUUGCUGUGCUGAAUUGAAUCAAACUGAAGCAUGCCUAGUAAAAAAUAAUAGCCCCUGGCUUGAGAACCAGACUUUAGUUCAUUCGGAAACCAGAAGGAUCCUGGCCCAGUUUUAAUGCAUGAAAACUCUCCAAACCACCUUGGCUAGAGCCUAGUGUUGUAGAACCAGGCCAUAAAACAUGAGGGUUGAGGACUCUCCACAGUGGUGGGAAUCUGCUGUUAUUUCUCAGCAAAUCAAAUCCACAGUGAAUACUGGUGUACAGACUGUGUGGUCUAGUUCAGGCUGCAACAUCAGCAUGAAUAGUGGAAGACCAAGUUCAGGAAAGAGAAGGAAACCACAAAGAUUAAGUGAAGAGGAAAGGGUUGCUUGGGUAACAGUAUGACUAAAUACAUUGAGAAGCUAGAAGAGAUCAAAAAAAAUUAUAGAUACAAAAAAGAUGAGCUUUUUAAGAGACUAAAAGUUACAACUUUUGCCCAGCUGGUCAUCCAAGUUGCUUCCCUAUCUGAUCAAACACUGGAAGUGACAGCUGAGGAGAUUAAAAGGCUAGAAGACAAUGAUUCUGCAACCUCAGACCCUGAUGCUGAAAUCACUGCCAAGACCAACGGGAAAGGGAGCCCUGGGGAGCAGUCGCCAAGCCCUGUCCAGUUCAUAAACAGUGAGGGAGCCGGGGACUCCAGCCGCUCGACCCUUCAGAGCGUCAUCAGUGGCGUUGGGGAACUGGAUCUAGACAAAGGGCUUGUGAAGAAAGUAGAGCCCAGUACCAAAGACAAACCUUAUCCCGACUGCCCCUUCCUGCUGCUAGAUGUGAGAGAUAGAGAUUCUUACCAGCAGUGCCACAUUGUUGGAGCUUACAGUUACCCAAUUGCAACUCUGUCUAGAACAAUGAACCCUUAUUCAAAUGAUAUUCUUGAAUAUAAAAAUGCCCAUGGCAAGAUCAUCAUUCUGUAUGACGACGAUGAGAGGCUGGCCAGCCAGGCAGCUACCACCAUGUGCGAGCGGGGAUUUGAGAACCUCUUCAUGCUUUCUGGAGGUCUAAAAGUCUUAGCUCAGAAAUUCCCAGAAGGACUGAUUACGGGUUCCCUGCCAGCAUCUUGCCAGCAGACCCUUCCUCCUGCUUCUGCCCGAAAACGAUCUGGCCCGAAAGUGCCGCCCCCAGCAGCUGAGAAUAAAUGGAGAUUUACCUCAGAAGACCUAAAGAAGAUAGAAUAUUACCUGGAAGAGGACCAGGGUCCUGCAGACAGUACUAGCCGGCUGAGCCAAGGUAAUGCUUCUGGAAGAGACUCCAAGGUUCCAGGCUCCCGCAGCGGUCAGAACCUGCCUGCCGGGGGCCCUGCCGGCCACCAGAACCCCCGCUCACUGGGCAGUGGCCACCUGCAAGGCAAACCCUGGAAGUAAAGACUUUGUCUGUCUUAGUCAAAUAAAUGUUUUCUCUCCUUUCGGAACCCCUGAGCAGUUCCCAAGUUGGUCAUUUUAAGAAGCUGCUGCAGAGGAAAGACCUCAACGUGUGUCAGGCCCUCUUCCCUCUUCCUGUCUCCAGCUCCUCUCCCACAUCCAACCCGGGAAGGAUUUUUACAAAAACCAGAGGCAUGACAGGCUCUAGUGUCCUCCCUGUUGUUUACAGAAUAUUUAAGUCUCUGAAACUGAGUAGGAAAAAAGUCUAACUUUUUUAGACUUUCAUUUUUUUUUUUUUUAAUAAGGUCCAGUUUGUUUUGGUCUAUAUCCUGCGUUGUUUUGUAAAUACUUCAGGCGCAUCUGGUGCGUCCUUCCCAGCCAGUUCUUUUUCACUCACUCUUCUUGGUUUCAUGAAGGCUCUCUAUGUAGGCUUUUCAGCCUGAGAAGCUGUCCCUGGGGGUGCAGACGAUUCGUAGCUUUCAGCCCCCACCAGCUGUGGACCCGCUGGCUGAGGAGCUCUUCACCCAGCAGCCGACGCAGGCUCCAUCUUCAGUUUGGAAGCCGGUACCUGUGAGCAUCACUCAGUUAAGAUUUAGUAGUAGCUCUCACAUGUGCUCAGCACUCCUCCUCACUAGAUGCUUUCCUGGAACCAGCACAGGUGAUGAUGUGUGCUCAGCUGCCUGCACGGGCAAGUCCUGCCCACUGUUCAGGGCCGGGUUGAGAGCCACUGAAGCCCCCUGGAGCCAUCCCUCAUUUGCGGUUGUUUUAUUAGUUGUAAACUCCCAUUACCCAGCUCAGGCCCAUCCAUCUUAGAUGGGUAGAAAUUAUGGCCACUUGAAAACAUUGGCUUUGGUUGGGCCACUGCCGGCACACAAGGUGAGGACAACUCCACAGUCCUUUGUCAGAGCUGACAACCCUUUAAACCCUUGCUUUAAAAUACAGUAUUAGUCUAAUUGAGUAAUUAGUGCAAUUACCUGCUUACUUCUCAUUCUCAUGACUGAGCUGUGAUUAGGAGGUUUUGAUUAUAGAUUCUUGUUUGGGCCAGAAUUUUGAAUCAGCGUUAAUUGAAUUGCUAGAUGACUGACAUUCAUUCCAUUUAAUUGGGGGAACAAAAGACCUCAGGUAAGGAUGAGGAACUCUGAAAUCAUCAGGAAAAGGAAAAAGAGCCUUGUUAAUUUUUAUGGUCUGUGAUCUGUAGCUGUGAUAAGGGACUAAGGAAUAAAUUGUGCUCUUUGUCAUGGCAACCAGCUUCUGAAAAGCCAGCUGAAAAUUGCCUAUCCUUAGGUGGUUAUUGCUGCUGGGUAAGAUUUGUCUUAACAGGACUAUUUUUCUCACCACCAAAAAAAAAAAAAGUAUCACAGUAUUUCCAGCAUGGGGGGCUGUGUUUGUAGGAGAAAUAAAGGUAAUAAAUAUCUUAUAGAGACAUAUGGAAAAAUAACUGUUCUGUUUUAGUGUGUUUAUUCUUCUCUACUUGAUUUCCAAAGUGCAACAUUUUCCGAUGCUUUAGAAAUCAAACAAACCAGGGACAUUGUUCAGAUGUCAAGCUGUGCCCAAUUUUCCACAAGAUUCAAGAAUCUUGUAUAAAAUUCAGCCAACGUACACAUAGCUUUAAAGAGGAGCCUGUCAUGUUUCCCCAUAAAUUUAUUGCCUGAGAACUAAGUUCAGCCUUUUGCUAAUGCCAAAAUGCUCUGGCUUUUUAUUUUCUUUACAGCAUAGAUUUUUAAAAAUGCAAAUUUUUCCACACUCAACUUUCCCCUAGCAUGGACAAGAUUUUCAGCCAUUUUGGAUACAUAUGCAUUUUUAAGAAAAAAAAUUUUUUUCUCUGUGACAAAGUUCUGGUUAUGCCAUUUUCAAGUCAACUAGUCAGGAGUUUAGAUUUCCCCACUCGAUUCUAUUUUGAAAGUAAAUGGUAGUCCCCCUUUGUUCCUAUUCUGCAUUCCCAUCACCACACAACACUAGAGUGUUAGAAACUACUAUGUGUAUGUGCAAAGUCAGUAUAGCUGAACCUAUUAGAAUUGCAGUGCAUUUAGUUGAGAGAUCUGGCAGGUUGACUAUAUUCAUGUGUGUUUCUCCAUAGCGCUUUGCCUGUUGGUAAGGAUUUUAAACAACUACUCCUCAAAGACCUGUUCUGGUUCUGCACUUUGUGUGUUAAAUGUCACUUGCAGUUUUUACAUGCUCAAGGUAUUGCUUUGAAUGUUCUACUUUACUAGUUUCUUCGUUAGAUUAACUGACAUGUAUUAUCUAAGCGAUCUGUGAUACUCUGUGCAAUUAUGAAUGUUGAAGAUUAAAGUACAUAGUUCUUAA